CUCAUUGCAUUUGAGAGAACAGUUCUGAUUGUUUUUGAAAGGACAACAUCAUCGCUAACAUUAUUCGAUUCACAUAUGCAUGGACAAUCUGAUGGUGAGCUGUGCUAUUUCUUACAUAGAUUACGUGUUUGCUCUAGCGCUGGAUGGGGAGUGGGAGUCUCAGACUCCGGUACAGUUGUGGAUACGUUCGAUCAUAUGUAUAUCCUCGAACUGAGCUUAUUCAUUUCAACAUCUGAAGGAGGUGAUAACGCCAAAACUUUGAACAAUAAAGUUUGGGUCACAAGCCCAUGA